AUGCUGGGCUUGCGUAGCGAGCACCUCCUUGACCAAUAUUGCCGUGGGCAGCACCGCCUGUUAGAGCAGCUGCAAGAGCGCCUGGUUGCCGUUCAUGCACGUCAAAUGCAGAUAGAGGAGAAGGGGGCGCAACUCUAUGAUGCACGGGGACAGAUGAUCAGUAGUGUGGCGCAAGUGCGUUUGAGCGAUGGUGUGGUGGCCCUUUUGCAAGAUGGACGCUUGCAGCUGGAGGUCAGGUUCAUGUCCAUACAGCCCUCCAUUCAACGCACCAUAUAUUUUGUAUCUGAUGGUACAGGCAUCACAGCCGAGACGCUGGGGCAUGCGAUUUUGGCGCAGUUUGAUAUUACGCCGCGCUAUGUCAGAUUGCCUUUUAUCGAUAAUAGAGAAAAGGCCGAGCACGCCGUUAUCAAAAUCAAUCAGAGCGUGGAUACGGAAGGCCAGCGCCCUAUUGUUUUUACUACGGUCAUUGAUAAGGAGGUGCUCGCUGUGUUGCGACAAGGCUGUCAGGCCUUGUUGUUAGACUUGAUCAGCACCUUUGCAUCCCCUAUGGAGCAAGAGUUGGGUAUUAAGCCCCUGGACCGUGUCGGCCGGUUUAGUGACAUCAGUCAUGACAGUGUUUAUCAAAAUCGUAUUGAGGCGAUCAACUUCAGUCUGGCGCAUGACGAUGGGCAAAGCCAUAAGGAUUUGGAGCAAUCCGAGGUGAUCUUGAUUGGUGUCAGCCGCAGCGGUAAAACGCCUACUUCGCUUUACUUGGCGAUGCAGCACGGCAUUAAAGUUUCCAACUACCCGCUGAUUCCCGAAGACUUUGGGCGCAAUGAAUUGCCCCCCGCUUUAUUGCCUUAUAAAGACAAGCUGUUCGGCUUGACCAUAGACCCCGAACGCUUGGCACAAAUUCGCCAUGAGCGCCGUCCCGAUAGCCAUUACGCCAGCCUCAAC